GUUUGAGAUAUCACUGGCUGAUCUUCAAGGUGGCGAUGAGGAUCAUGCUUAUAGAAAGAUUCGUUUGAGAGCUGAAGAUGUUCAAGGAAAAAAUGUUUUGACCAAUUUCUGGGGAAUGAAUUUUACAACUGACAAACUGAGGUCUUUGGUGCGUAAAUGGCAAACUCUAAUUGAAGCUCAUGUGGAUGUGAAGACAACUGACAAUUAUACUUUGAGAAUGUUUUGCAUUGGAUUCACUAAGAGGCGCCCAAACCAGGUUAAAAGGACUUGUUAUGCACAAUCCAGCCAGAUUAGGCAGAUACGCCGAAAGAUGAGUGAGAUAAUGACUGCCCAGGCAUCAUCCUGUGAUUUGAAGGAAUUAGUUCAAAAGUUCAUUCCCGAGAUGAUUGGAAAAGAAAUUGAAAAGGCAACAUCUAGCAUCUAUCCUUUGCAGAAUGUGUUCAUUCGUAAAGUCAAAAUUUUGAAGGCUCCCAAGUUUGAUCUUGGAAAGUUGAUGGAGGUUCAUGGUGAUUACUCAGAGAUUUUGGUGUGGAAAGUAGAGAGGCCUGCUGAUGAGGCAAUGGCUGAGGCUACACCAGAGGUUGUUGGAGCUUGAAUGAUAAGUCCUUGAAUAUGUUUGUCUUUUCUGCUUCUAAGAGUUUUGUUGAUCAUUUUCUUUUUGUUGAAAACUUAGUUGAUAAUUUCUCCAUGUUUUUGAUGUUAAAGGAUAUGAUUUUGCAAAUUAAUAUUGACUGGACAAUCUGUAACUCCUUGGAACAUGUCUGUGUUGGUAUCGAUCAACUAUACAAUUAAUGUUAUCUCAUUGAUCUAAAAUAAUUCUCGGUAACUCUGCAUUGUACAGCUAGCUGCUUUUAAUAUGGCUACAUGAACACCCAUCUGGACAAUUGA